GCGACGAUGGUUACUAUGGAAGUGAGAAGACUCGGUGACACAAUUGAGCGUGCCGGGUAAACGCGCAUGCGUCCACGUGGGUCACCAUGGUUACGAUUUUGAUAACCACUGCUCCAGAUACACGGUCUGACAGUGGUGUUUGUUCGGUUUGUUGUAUUUGUGACUUUCACGUCAUAACUAUCGUGGAUGUUAAAAGACGAAUGGAAAUAUUUAUUAAACAAUAUGGACACGUUAUACCAUCAAACAAACAAAUUGGUCCAGGAAACUCAACAUCUUUUCUCGCAGUUUGAGAAAAGAUCGCCUAACCUAGACAUCGAAGUAGAAAACACCAUAGAAUCAAAAAUAAAUCUCAUCAACAGUAAUUGCGAAAGGUUAGAUGUACUAUGCCUGAAAGGUCCCAUAUCUCAAAGACAGAAUGCUAAGAUGAGAGUGGACCAAUUGAAAUACGACAGCCGUCACCUUACAGCUGCAUUAAAUUCUUGGCGCAGUAAAAUGAUGAAAAAACAAAGAGAAGAAGCCGAAAGAGAGGCAUUGUUAUCUACAACAUUCGCUCCAAAUGAUCACAUUGACAUCGUGAUAGAUCACAAUGUUCAACAUAAUUCUAGUUUACGAAAUGCAGUUAAUGGAGUGGACGAUCUGCUUCAAAGUGGAAGUAAUAUUUUAGAUAAUUUAAGAACACAACGUAUAUCUUUGAAAGGAGCUCACAAGCGAUUAAUAGAUAUUGGGAACACAUUAGGACUUUCAAACACCACAAUGAGGAUAAUAGAGAAAAGAGCAAGACAAGAUGGAUUUAUUUUAGUUGGUGGGAUGAUAUUCACAUGUAUGGUUAUUCUUUUGGUUAUAAUUUAUCUUACAUAGAAGCAGAAUCUUUCACUUGCAAAUAUGCACAGGGUAAUUCAAUGAAAGUGUCCCUCUUAUCAGUGUUGUAAUAAAUAAUUACCUUUUU